AUGGCAGAAUCACUGGAAAUUGAAGUUGAUAUAAUGGUAAAAGAAGAACAAGCGAGAAAUGAAUUGAAUAUUAAUGAAAAAAUUGAAGAUUUAGGCGAAUUUGAUCCGGAAAAUAGCAUUGAUGUUGGAAUUUCGGAUGUAUCACAUACAGAGAAAUGCGGAAUUUAUUAUCCAACACAGCAAAAAGUUGAUCGGCACAUACGACUAAAACAUAGAGGCGAAAAAGUUUACUCACGCAUAUGUACACUAUGUGGAAGACAACUUUUCUCGAAUACAGCAUAUGAUUAUCAUAUGCGAUCACAUACCGGCGAACGACCUUACGAAUGUGAUGUAUUCGAUGAGUAUCCACAAAAUAUUUGCAUCGAUUGUAUCUGUGAACUGCAACGUUUUCACACAUUUCAACAACAAUGUAUAGACAAUUUUAACAUUCUCGAAAAAAUUCUUAAAAAUUCCGAAAGUAAACAAAUCGAAACAAAUGAAUCAAAGAAAAUUGAAGUUGAUGUGAUUGUAAAAGAAGAACAAACGGUUAAUGAUUCACAUAAUAAUGAAAAAGACGAAAAUUUGGACGAAUAUGAUGGAGAAAAUGACAUUGACGAUCGAAUUUCGGAUAUAUCACGUACAGACAGUAUAAAAAGCGAGAAAAUCGAAAAAAAGUUAAAAGAAAAUAAGAAAACAAGGAAGAGAAAACCAAAGGGACAACCAGCAAAACAGUUAACCGAUAAAAAAGAAAAUUAUUCAUGUAAAGAGUGUAGCAGGACUUUUGUUACAGAACGUAAUUAUAAUUUACACAUAACGAAUCAUAAGCAAUGUCCAGAAUGUCGUAUUUAUCUUCCAUCACAACAAAAAUUAGAUCGACAUAUACGACAAAAACAUAGGGGUGAAAAAUUAUACACACGCGUAUGUACAUUAUGUGGAAGACAAUUUUUCUCGAAUACAGCAUUUGAUUAUCAUAUGCGAUCACAUACCGGCGAACGACCUUACGAAUGUGAUGUAUGUCACAAGAAAUUUAAAAUAAUUAGCCAUUUAAAUGCACAUCGACAAUCACACAGUGGUAUUAAACGACACACGUGUCACUUUUGUAACAAAUCAUUUGUAACGAAUGUUUGUUUGAAAACACAUUUACGUAUUCACACUGGUGAAAGACCAUAUGUUUGUAAAGUGUGCUACAAACCGUUCGUACAACGGACAAAUAUGAGAUUACAUAUGAAAGUACAUAAAAUUGCAUGA